AUGUUUGGGCUAAAGCUGAAGAAGAAGAAGAAGAAAGGAGAGCAGGGGUUAAUCCUAACCAACAAGGCUGCACAAGAAGUUCCAGGAGAAGGAGAAGCACCCCAGGAGGGAUCGUCCCACCAGGAAGGACCAGGAGGAGAGCUGGUCUACAACAAUUCUUCCGUCACUCCUGUUGCCCCUGCGCCUCUGAAGAGAAGAUCAAAACUGGUGACUAAGAUCCACGAUGGGGAGGUCAGAUCUCAGAAUUAUCAAAUUGCCAUCACCAUCAUCGAGGCCCGCCAGCUGGUGGGGGAGAACAUUGAUCCAGUUGUGACCAUUGAGAUCGGGGAUGACAAGAAGCAAAGCACAGUGAAGGAAGGAACCAACAGCCCCUUUUACAAUGAGUACUUUGUCUUCGAUUUCAUUGGGCCUCAAGUACAUCUUUUUGACAAGAUCAUCAAAAUCUCGGUUUUUCAUCACAAGCUGAUAGGAAGCAUUCUGAUUGGUUCCUUCAAAGUAGACCUGGGGACUGUGUACAACCAACCUGGUCAUCAGUUCUGUGACAAGUGGGCUCUGCUCAUGGACCCUGGCGACAUCAGGACAGGCACCAAGGGGUACCUGAAGUGUGACAUCAGCGUGACUGGGAAAGGCGAUGUCUUGAAGACCAACAACCUGAAAAUCUCUGAUGCCGAGGAGCAGAUAGAAAAGAACCUUUUGAUUCCCCAUGGGUUCCCCUCAGAAAGACCCUGGGCCAGAUUCUAUGUAAGACUCUACAAAGCAGAGGGGUUGCCAAAAAUAAACUCCAGCAUCAUGGCAAAUGUCACCAAAGCAUUUGUGGGUGACAGCAAGGACCUCGUGGACCCCUUCGUGGAGGUCUCCUUCGCUGGGCAGAUGGGUCGAACCACAGUGCAGAAGAACUGUGCUGAUCCUGUGUGGCACGAACAGGUAGUCUUCAAGGAAAUGUUUCCUCCUUUGUGCCGGAGGGUGAAAAUCCAGGUAUGGGACGAAGGCAGCAUGAAUGAUGUCACACUGGCCACUCAUUUCAUUGACUUGAAGAAGAUCUCCAAUGAGCAGGAUGGCGAUAAAGGCUUUCUACCUACAUUUGGACCUGCGUGGAUUAACCUGUACGGCUCGCCCAGGAAUCACAGUCUGAUAGAUGAUUACCAGGAGCUGAAUGAAGGCUUUGGGGAAGGCGUGUCAUUCAGGGGCAGAAUCCUGGUGGAGAUUGCUGUGGAGAUCCUCUCAGGAGGGGCCCAGGAGUCUAAAUUUUCCAAAGCCCUGAAGGGGCUCAAGUUAUCUUCCAAGGACAAAGAUUCCAAAGCUCCCAAAGGAUCAAGUAAGGACAAGGGGGACAAAGCUGAUGAUGCCAAGUCUCAGCCGACUUCAGACAAAACCAACUCAACUGAGGUGGAGGUGGAACCUUUUGAUGUUCCCCCAGAGAUUAUACCAGAAAAAUAUGAGGAAUUUUUACUCUUUGGAGCAUUUUUUGAAGCUACCAUGAUUGACCGAAAGAUUGGAGACAAACCCAUUAGCUUCGAAGUUUCCAUUGGUAAUUUUGGAAACCUGAUUGACGGUGGGUCCCAUCACGGAAGCAAGAAGAAGUCAGCUGAACUAACUGAAGAAGACGCCAUCCCGCUGCUGCAUGAAGGAGAAGGAAGCGCUGCCCAUGACGUUACCGUCCCAAUGGUCUCCACCACCCACCCAGAGAAGCCACUGGUCACAGAAGGGAACAGGAACUACAACUAUUUGCCAUUUGAUUCCAAGAAGCCCUGUGUUCACUUCAUCAGCUCUUGGGGAGACCAAAUCUUCAGGCUUCACUGGUCCAACAUGCUGGAGAAAAUGGCAGACCUGCUGGAAGAAAGCCUAGAAGAAGUGAGAGAACUGAUCAAGGUUUCAGAGGAGGCUCCGGAAGAGAAAAUGAAGACGGUGCUCAGUGACUUUAUCGGUCAAAGCAGGGACUUUAUCGCUGAAGCAGAAAAGAAGCCCAAGAUGUUGAACCAAACUACCUUAGAUAAGAAACGACUUACACUCUGUUGGCAGGAGCUGGAGGCAAUGGCCAAGGAGGCCAAAGGGAUUAUUCAACAACAGCAGAAAAAGUUCUCUCUCGAUGAGAUGAUCGAUAAAGCCCAAAACUUCGUGGAAAAGAUCCGCUUUCUUGUUGAUGAGCCACAGCACACCAUCCCUGACGUGUUCAUUUGGAUGCUGAGCAACAACAAGAGAGCGGCGUACGCCCGUAUCGCCUCCAAAGACUUGCUCUAUUCCCCUGUCAAGGAGCAAAUGGGCAAACACUGUGGGAAGAUUCAAACUCAUUUCCUCAAACUUCCUGGGAAACGGCCAGGUGGUUGGUCAGUGCAAGGAAAAGUGGAUGUGUACCUGUGGCUGGGCUCCACCAGACACUCGGGGGCUAUUUUGGACAAUUUGCCAUCAGGCUAUGAAGCUGAGAAAUCCUCCAAAGCGACUGACAGCAGCCAUCCCCCCGACAACCUGAUCUACCAAGACCGGCAUCUCUUUCAGCUGAGAGCACACAUGUACCAGGCCCGGGGCCUCAUCGCGGCUGACAGCAAUGGACUUUCCGACCCCUUUGCCAAAGUCACCUUCCUUUCCCACUGCCAGACCACAAAGGUGAUUUCCCAGACCCUCUCCCCCACCUGGAACCAGAUGCUUCUGUUCAACGACUUGGUGUUACAUGGGGACCAGAAGGAGCUACUGGAGUCCCCACCCUUGGUGGUGGUAGAGCUGUACGACAGUGACGCGGUGGGGAAACCAGAAUAUUUGGGUGCCACAGUAGCCGCUCCUGUGGUGAAGCUAGCUGACCAGGACUACGAGCCACCCCACCUGAGCUAUCACCCCAUCUUUUGUGGGAAUCUCUCGGGAGGGGAUCUCCUGGCUGUGUUUGAGCUUCUCCAGGUGCCCCAGUCGGGGCUACAGGGGCUCCCUCCCGUCGAUCCACCAGACGUCACCCAGAUCUACCCGGUUCCUGCCAACAUCCGGCCUGUGCUGAGUAAAUACCGAGUGGAGGUUCUCUUCUGGGGAGUCCGAGAGAUGAAGAAGGUGCAGCUCCUCUCAGUCGAUCGGCCACAGGUCCUCAUCGAGUGUGGGGGACGAGGAGUCAAGUCCUGCGUGAUCCAGAGCUACAAGAACAACCCCAACUUCAGCGUCCAGGCAGAUGCCUUCGAAGUGGAACUGCCCGAGAAUGAGCUCCUGCACCCGCCCCUGAGCAUCUGCGUGGUGGACUGGAGGGCCUUCGGGAGGAGCACCCUGGUGGGCACCUAUACCAUCAACUGUUUGAAGCAGUUUUUAUGUAAAUCGAGGGAGCUCCCUACCGUCAUCUCCCAGGUUGAUGGAGCCCAGGCUGGACAAGCUCCUUCUGAUUCAUCGACAGCCGCGGAACCCCCGAGGCCUCUCAGCGAUUCCCAAGAGGCCCCAACAGAUCACAUUUAUGUGGAUGUUGAGCCGCCGCCCACAGUGGUGCCUGACGCGGCCCAGGCUCAGCAGUCCAGCCUGGCUGACAUCCCUGAUUCAUCCCCAGUGCUGGAGCCAGAACUCAAGCCCACAACUCCAGAGCCCCCCAAAGAUGGGAAAGCUAAGGAUGCCAGGAAACCCUCCCGGAGGUCCACGAAAAGAAAGAAGAGAACCAUAGCUGAUGAAUCGGCUGAAAAUGUCAUUGACUGGUGGUCCAAGUAUUAUGCCUCUGUGAAGAAAGCACAGACGGCAAAGGAGAGUGAACUCAAGGAGAAAAAGGGUAUUGCAGAGGGGAAGACGGACCAGGUUGUGAUAAAUAUAGAAGAUAGCCCCAAGAAGAAGAAAGACAAAAUAUUCAAGAGGAAACUCAAAGAAGAGGAAAUCCCCAACCUGGCUGUUUUGCAGAUAUAUGAUGGUGAUCUUGAAAGUGAGUUCAACAAUUUUGAAGACUGGGUGAAAACCUUUGAGCUCUUCAGAGGCAAGUCUACAGAGGACGACCAUGGCCUUGAUGGAGAUCGAGUCAUAGGAAAGUUUAAGGGUUCCUUCUGCAUCUACAAAAGUCCUGAGGAUUCCAACACUGAAGAGAAUGGGCAGCUAAGAAUUCAACAAGGCAUCCCACCCAACUACCCAGUCAAAGUUCUGGUCCGGGUGUACAUUGUAGCGGCAUUUAAUCUCAGCCCAGCUGAUCCAGACGGAAAAUCAGAUCCCUACAUUGUGAUCAAGCUCGGCAAAACAGAAAUAAAAGACCGGGACAAGUACAUUCCCAAACAACUGAACCCUGUAUUUGGAAGGUCAUUUGAGAUCCAGGCUACAUUCCCGAAGGACUCUCUGCUCUCCGUCCUGAUCUAUGACCAUGACAUGAUCGGGACAGAUGACCUCAUUGGUGAGACCAAGAUCGACCUCGAAAACCGCUUCUACAGCAAACACCGAGCCAUCUGCGGCUUGCAGAGCCAGUAUGAGAUAGAAGGCUACAACGCCUGGAGGGACACAUCCAAGCCCACCGAAAUCCUCACCAAGCUCUGCAAAGACAACAAGCUGGACGGACCCUACUUCAGCCCAGGGAAAAUACAGAUAGGAAGCCAGAUCUUUUCUGGAAAAACGUCCUUCGUUCAAGAGGAGACUGAAGAGGCCGUGGAGUCCUAUGAGCACCUGGCCCUGAGAGUUCUACACUCAUGGGAGGAUAUUCCAGAGGUCGGGUGUAGACUGGUUCCUGAGCACAUCGAAACUCGGCCACUGUACCACAAGGACAAGCCGGGAAUGGAGCAGGGACGCCUGCAGAUGUGGGUGGACAUGUUUCCCAAGGACAUGCCUCAGCUUGGACCUCCUGUUGACAUUUCACCAAGGAAACCCAAAGGGUAUGAAUUGAGGGUGACCAUCUGGAACACUGAGGAUGUCAUUCUAGAAGAUGAGAAUAUCUUCACGGGACAAAAAUCAAGUGAUAUUUAUGUUAAAGGGUGGAUAAAGGGCUUGGAAGAUGACAAGCAGGAGACAGAUGUGCAUUACAACUCGCUGACUGGAGAGGGGAACUUCAACUGGCGCUUCCUGUUCCCAUUCCAGUAUCUCCCGGCAGAGAAGCAAAUGGUCAUCACCAAGAGGGAAAACAUCUUUUCCCUGGAGAAGAUGGAGUGUAAGACUCCGGCCGUGCUGGUGCUCCAGGUCUGGGAUUUUGAGAGGCUGUCCUCAGAUGACUUCCUGGGCACCCUGGAGAUGAACCUCAACAGUUUCCCUCGGGCAGCCAAGUCUGCCAAAGACUGCGAACUCAGCAAGUUUGAAAACGCGGGUGAGGAAAGCAAGAUCUCCAUAUUCCAACAGAAGCGGGUGCGGGGCUGGUGGCCUUUUGCUAAAAGCAAGGAGCUCACGGGCAAGGUGGAAGCUGAAUUUCACUUAGUUACUGCGGAAGAAGCUGAGAAAAAUCCUGUGGGAAAAGCCAGAAAGGAGCCAGAACCUCUAGCGAAACCCAAUCGUCCAGACACCUCCUUCUCCUGGUUCAUGAGCCCCUUCAAGUGCCUGUACUACCUCAUCUGGAGGAAUUACAAAAAGUACAUCAUCACCGGCUUCAUUCUGAUCAUGCUCAUCAUCUUCCUGGUCCUCUUCGUCUACACCUUGCCUGGAGCCAUCAGCCGAAGGAUUGUUGUGGGGUCAUAA